CAAAAACGCCUCGCCUUCGCCUUCCCCCGAUGGGCAUGCGGCACGAGACCUACACGUACACGAGCCCCGGCCGGCGGCCGAUCGCGACGUCGGGGAGCGAGCAGCGCCGGCUGCUCGCUCGCUCGCUCGCUUUCCUGGCCGGCCCCCGUGAUUCGGUCGAUGGCUGACGCCGUCGUGGAUUAUUCACGAAGGAUGAGACCGGACUCGCUGUCGUCGUCGGUGGGCACGAACGAUGACGGCGCCGUGAGCAAGAAUCCCGUCCUGCGGAUGACGUCGCCGUCCCCGACGCGCGCUGCGACAGGACGGGCGCUGGAGGCGCCGCCGAUGCGGCGGAGGCCGGGGAGACGGUCGCGGCCGGUGAGGAUGUUCCACACCGUGUGCCGGUCGCUCCCGGUGCUGACGCCGCGGUUCGGGCGGCUCCAGCCAGGGGCGUGUCGGAUCGCGGCGCCGGCGCCGCGGGUGUCCCCUUCCGAGUCCCUGCUGUCGCAGCUCGUGGCGUCCUCCUCCGUCGCGGGGACGCCACGCCGGCGCAUGACGGGGACGCUGUUCGGCUACCGCAACGACCACAUCGCGCUGUCCCUGCAGGACAACCCGCGGUGCCUGCCGACGCUUGUCGUCGAGCUAGCGCUCCCGACGCACGCGCUGCUCCGCGACCUGGGCACCACCGCCGGUGCGCGCAUCGUGCUGGAGAGCGAGAAGCACGCGGCGGACGGCGAUGGCGAGGCGGACGGUGCCAGCUGGAAGCGCGAACAGCAGCACGGGUGGGUGCUCGAUGAGCCCACGUGGACCAUGUCCUGCAACGGGAAGAGGGUGGGCUACGCGGUGCGGCGCGAUCCGACCGACGACGACAUCGCCGUGCUGGAGACGCUCUGGGCGGUGUCCAUGGGCGGCGGCGUGCUCCCCGGGAUGUCGGACAUGGACGGGGCCGGCGGCGAGAUGGCGUACAUGCGUGGGUGCUUCGAGCACAUCAUCGGCUCCAGGGACUCGGAGUCGCUGUACAUGGUCGGCCCGCACGGCGGCGACUGCCCAGAGCUCGCCGUGUUCUUCGUUAGGCUAUGAACAGACCACGUACACGUGUGCAUGCGCAUCUCUGAUUUUUAUCUCUUGCUACCUUCGGUCACAAAUACACAUUUUGAACGAGAUUUAUUCAAA